GAAGAAGUAAUGGCGACGUCGGUGGAAUCCGACUUCCCUCGGGCUAGAGGAGCCCGAAAGGGCCGAAAUGGGAAUAUCCUCAUAAGAAUUAGACAAAGUCAGAUUACUGGCCGGGGUAUGAGCCGAGGGACACAGAUCCCGGAGGCCCUGCUCCAGGAGAGAGACAGUCGCGCCCGGUGGCACGGGGUCCCCGUUUAUGUGCAGAAGCUGUAUGACAGCAGCCACCCCAACAGCGACCUGUCCCAGUCCCACGGAGUUCUGAAGGAGCUGUCGUCCUUGCUGUCCAUGGAGGCCAUGUCGUUUGUAACAGAAGACAGAAAGACAGCGCAGGAGUCCACCUUUCCCAACACAUACACCUUUGACCUCUUUGGAGGUGUUGAUUUACUGGUGGAGAUCCUAAUGAGGCCCACACUGAUUCCACAGAGGAAAAACACCAAGAUGAAUGAUAACCUAGUCAAGGACUGCCUAAGUGUUCUUUACAACUGCUGUAUAUGUACUGAAGGGGUGACAAAGAGCCUGGCUGCAAGGAAUGACUUUGUCCUGUUCCUCUUCACGCUGAUGACCAAUAAAAAGACCUGCCUGCAGACAGCCACACUAAUUGAGGACAUCCUCGGGGUCAGAAAGGAGAUGAUCCAUCUGGAAGAUGUCCCCAACCUGCCUGCUCUGGUGCAGAGUUUCGACCAGCAGCAGCUCGCAAACUUCUGCCGCAUCCUGUCUGUCACCAUCUCCGAGCCUGACGUCGACAAUGACGACAAACACACCCUCCUGGCCAAGAAUGCCCAGCAGAAGAAGAACGCCAGCCCGUCCCGUGCCGAGAUAAACCAAGUGACCCUCCUGAACAUCCCAGGCUUCAUCGAGCGUCUGUGUAAGCUGGCCACACGUAAGGUGUCCGAGGUCAUGGGAACCUCCAACUUCCUGCAGGAGCUGGAGGACUGGUACAGCUGGCUGGACAACGCCCUUGUCCUCAAUGCCCUAAUGCAGAUGGCCAAUGAAGAGGCGGAGCACAGCAGCACAGAGUCAUCAGAUGAGAGCACGCUGGCAGCGAGCCCCCUCAGACACCGGCUGCCGCAGUCCAUGAAGAUGGUGCACGAGAUCAUGUACAAGGUGGAGGUGCUGUACGUCCUGUGCGUGCUGCUCAUGGGCCGCCAGAGGAACCAGGUUCACAAAAUGCUGGCGGAGUUUCGUCUGAUCCCAGGCCUCAACAACCUGUUCGACAAACUGAUCUGGAGGAAAUACACGACCUCCAACCACGUCCUGCACGGACAGAACCAGAACUGUGACUGCAGCCCGGAGAUUUCCUUCAAAAUUCAGUUCUUGCGGCUACUUCAGAGCUUCAGCGAUCAUCAUGAAAACAAGUACUUGCUGCUGAACACCCAGGAGCUGAACGAGCUCAGCGCCAUCUCUCUGAAAGCCAAUAUCCCAGAGGUGGAGGCCUUGGUCAACACAGACAGGAGUUUGGUGUGUGACGGUAAGAAGGGACUGCUGACCCGGUUGCUCACAGUUAUGAAGAGGGAGCCUCCAGACUCAUCAUUCCGGUUCUGGCAGGCGCGUGCAGUGGAGAGUUUCCUGCGUGGGACCACGUCCUACGCUGACCAGAUCUUCCUGCUGAAGAGAGGUCUGCUGGAGCACAUCCUGUCCUGCAUCAUCGACAGCGGCUGCAGGUCCCGCGACGUGCUUCAGAGCUACUUUGACCUGCUGGGCGAGCUUAUGAAGUUCAACCUGGACGCCUUCAAGAGGUUCAACCGAUACGUCAACACAGAGGAGAAGUUUCAGAUCUUCUUGACUCAGAUCAACAGUUCCUUGGUAGACUCCAACAUGCUGGUGCGCUGCAUUGUCCUGUCCCUGGACAGGUUCCAGAGCCAGAUGGAGGAUAUUAAAGUGGUUGAAGUGCUCUCGGAGUGUUGCCUGCUGUCCUACAUGUCUCGAGUGGAGAAUAGACUGACGUUCCUCUUCAGGCUCAUCAACAUCAUCAACGUGCAGACGCUCACACAGGAAAACGUGAGCUGUCUCAACACUAGCCUGGUGGUAUUAAUGCUGGCAAGAAGGAAAGGCAAGCUGCCUUUCUACCUGAACGCCCUGCGGGAGAAGGAGUAUGCCGAGAAGUACCCAGGCUGCCUCCUCAACAACUUCCACAACCUGUUGCGCUUCUGGCAGUGCCAUUACCUCAACAAGGACAAGGACAGCACCUCCCUGGAGAAUAGCUCCUGCAUCUCCUUCAGCUACUGGAAGGAGACGGUGUCCGUCCUGCUGAGCCCUGACAGGACUUCUCCGUGUGCCAUAGCUAGCUACAUCGACGAGGCCUACAAAGAACUGGACACAGAUCAGAUGGAGGAUGCGUUCUGACCGGGGCAUAGGGGUGUGGUGUGGGUGAGAGGGUGUUGGAGGGGGUGCAGGGCAGGGAAGGACAGGGAAGGGAAGGGAACGGGGCUUGCAAGCCCUGGAGCGCAGAUGAGAUCCUCUGAGAGAACUGUUGCAGAGGCAUGGCCCUCUGUGGUGCUGUGUCAGUGUGCAGCAUUUCUGCCUUGCUGUCGGAGGGAGGAGAAGACUGUGGCCCUCACUGAACCACACCCAUUUUUUUCCUUGUCACCAGAUGGAGGAUAGGAGCAGGAACAGUAAAAUAGACUUAAUUUCAUGGAAGCGCAACAGUUUUAAGUUAGUGGUUUGCUUUAGAUGAACUCAA